AUGGCUAGAGGGAAGGUGAAACUUGCAUACAUAAUGAAUAACUCAACUAGGAGAGCAACAUUCAGAAAAAAGAAAAGUGGUAUUCUAAAAAAGAUCGAAGAACUCAGCAUCCUUUGCGGGGUAGAUGCAUGCGCAAUCAUCUAUGGAGAAAACUCUCCUAAAGCAGAGGUUUGGCCAUCUAGGAUUGGAGUAAGAAGUGUAUUGUACCGGUUCAUGAGAUUGCCUGAACUUGAACGAAGCAGAAAAAUGAUAGAUUUGGAAGACUUCUUAUCAGAGAGCAUUAUGAAAGUCCAAGAUCAGUUGAGAAAACAAAUCGAGGAAAACCAACAGAAGGAAAUGACUUAUCUUAUUAGUAAAUUUAUGCAUACAGGUGAAUAUAGCAUGGAAAAUAUGAGCUUGACUAAGGUAACUAACCUGAAAGCUUUUAUUGACAAUAGUUUGAAGGAAGUUGAGCAGAGAUUGAAUUCAAUGGAUGUCCAUGACCAAGAGGAGGUUGCAAAUGGUGCUAGAGCCGUUAAAGAAGAAGAUAUGUUGGCUAAUAUGGAUCGUUCUACUACCCAAGGUUUUGAGAUGAACAUUAAUUAUGAACAUAACAGGUCCAAAAGCUUCUCCUUUUUUCUCUUCUCGUCGCUGCCCGACAUCACUGGCUUCCACCACAACCAUGUCUUCUCUUCAUUUCAACCUCCAUCCACUCCCUCCAUCUUCAUCUCCACUACUCACCACCACCAACAACAUUUCUUCCUUCUCCCCCACUUCCCUCUCCAUCUUCUACAACAACCACCACCACCUUCUUCGCUUCAAUCUCAUCGGGAUUUGAAGCCGCAGAAUUUGCUUCUCGAUCAACAGCAAGGGAUUUUGAAGAUUGCUGAUCUUGGUCUUGGGAGGGCUUUUACCGUCCCGCUUAAGAGUUAUACUCAUGAGAUUGUUACUCUUUGGUAUAGAGCUCCUGAAGUUUUGCUUGGAUCUACUACCUACUCUACUAGAGUUGAUAUCUGGUCUGUUGGAUGUAUCUUUGCUGAAAUGGGUAAUGCGGAGAAGUCCAGAAUAAUUAUGGUCGGUGAUACUUUGAAGAAAGCUGGUGAUUCAUCUCAGAAUAGUCUUGUUAAAGACAUUGUGGUCCUUAUGUCUUAUGCUUUCCUAUAUGGUAAACUGUACCUGUCACUAAGUGGAUUUGAGGCUGCAAUAGUGAAAUUUGCUAAGAGAAAGGGAGAGGAUACAUUAAUGGCGGCAAUAGCUUCACAAUCAAUUGUUCAAAUUGGACUUCUAACGACUUUGCCCAUGGUCAUGGAAAUUGGACUAGAGAGAGGGUUCAGAACUGCUCUAGGUGACUUCAUAAUAAUGCAGUUACAGCUGGCACCUGUUUUCUUUACUUUCUCGCUUGGAACGAAAAUGCACUAUUUUGGGCGCACUCUCCUGCAUGGAGGGGCAAAGUACAGAGCAACUUGGCAUGGAUUUUUCGUUCGUCAUGAAAAGUUUGCAGACAAUUACAGGAUGUACUCUAGGAGUCACUUUGUCAAAGGGAUUGAGCUCACAAUAUUGCUCAUUUGUUAUAUGAUUUAUGGAUCAGCAACAACUGACUCAGUAGCAUACGCAUUUCUGUCAUGGUCAAUGUGGUUUUUGACAACAGGAAGCCGAGGAAAUUCAGGGCCUGUUUGUGGUUCUAAAAUAAAUGAGUUACCUAACAACCAUUCAUCAAACACACUGUCUAGGAGUGAAGUUAUUGCUUCCAGUGGCUUAGGUCGAAGCAACAGUUUAACAAACAAAACUCAUACUGCUCUACAUGCAAAUCCUAAGGAAAAGCUUGUCAAUGCUAGCUUCGUAAAACAUCAAAGCAAUAAUGUGGCAAGUCUGUCACAUGAGAACCCAUCCCUCGGAAAUGGUUUCAUAGAUCAUGUCCAACCUAAUGGUUCUUGCUUGAGACAGGAACAAAAUGUAGCUUUGCCAGUUGUAGAUAAUAAAUUGCAACAUGCUGAAAUGGGUUCUACAGAAGUUCUAAGGUCAGAGCGGGUGGUUAUUCCUGAAAACUUAGACGGGGAAGAGCAAUAUAUCGAAAGUGAUAAUGAUAUUCCUUAUUAUUCUGAUAUAGAGGCGAUGAUACUUGAAAUGGACUUGGAACCUGAUGUUCAGGAUUUAUAUGAGAAUGAAGAAGUAUCAAUAUAUCAACACGAAGAAACUAAGCGGACUAUCAUAAGGCUGGAGCAGGGUGUUCACUCUUUCACGCAAAAAGCCAUGGCUUCACACGGAGCAUUGGCAAUGUUAUAUGGCUGCCACUCAAAUUACUAUAUCAAGAAACCUGAGGUACAAGAAGAAGCGCAAAAUGGACAAGUAGAAUUGGAAAAACAUGUCAUCACAAAGACAUUGACUAAGCCAUCUGAGGCAUAUUAUGAUGCCAAAAACCUGCCACAUGUUCUUGAACCUGUACUUAGCAAGGAGAAACCAAAGCAGUAUGGUCUAGCUCUUGAAGGUCUACUUAAGACUGAUAGGAACUACCAACAGGUAUAUGUUCCACAGGCUGAGACUCUAUCAUCUUCGACAAAAAAUAAUAAGUGA